AUGUUGGACCUCUCAGAUUUUCAAACAGGCCAAAUUGUAGGAGGCCGUCUAGCUGGAGCAUGUGUGAGCGAGACCUCCCAACGUUUAGGUGUUUCUGGAGGUACGGUGUCUGAAGUCAUGGCAGCAUACACACAACGCGGCAAGACAAGCUUGGCAAAUCAAAAUAGUGGGCGAAAAGAGAAACUCGGUGAAAGAGGCCGACGGGUGUUGAAGCGGAUUGUAAUGUCUAAAAAGCCAACAACUGCAGAAAAAGUGACUGCAGAUCUUAAUAUUCAUCUGGAAUCUCCUAUGUCAGUGAUUACAAUUCCUAGACGAAACCAAGCUGAAUUAGAUGCCAAAGGUGGUCCUACACCAUACUAA